ACCGUGCCAAUAUCGGUCCAACAAACCCUGUGUUAUCACAUAAUCCUUCGCAAAAAACCCUCGAAAAUGAUUCGAUUUCUGGCGUUCGUCGCUGCACUUCCACUAGUGCCAGUGAUUAGCUUAGUCGUGGUAGGUUUAAGUCUGUACCGGGCGCUAGUUGCAUGGAUCAUCGGGCACAAGUUCAAAGGACGAUACUCCGGCAUGCUCGCCGGAUCGGACGUAAUCUGGGGCCUGGACGAGGAUCGAAACAGUGGCGUGGUCAAUGUGCUGGGAUUUGUCGAAGGCUCGUUAUCUGAACAAGCGGGCAGGACGCCACAACAGAUUGUGACGUUCCUAACAGAACGUUUCCAGGGGAUGCUACAAAAUCGUAGUAAAGAAGCUUUCAGGAAGCUGUUUCUUCAGCGUAAUCGCUCGCUUGGGUUCUUCUUCUGGACUCGGGCUAAGGAAGUUAAACUAAGUGACUAUAUACGACUUGUGAGUAUCAACGAGAAUGCAACGGUGACUGAAAAGGAGAUUUGUGAUUAUGUUACGAAAAUCUGUAACAGAAAGUUAUUUCGGACUAACAAUAAUGCAUGGGAACUACUGGUUGGAACGCAAUAUAUUGAAGAUUCACAAACGAACGUGGCUAAGUAUCCAAUACUUUUUCGAUUUCAUCACUCACUUGGAGAUGGUAUAUCGAUCAUGCGAUUAAUAUUGGAUGAAGUGGUUGAUCAGAGACAUGAUUCCAUUGAACUGACUAAAACAUUAUCAACAGUUGGAAAGCGACACAACACGUCAUUCUGGAGUUACUUGAAAGCAUGUUACAAUGCUCCUUUAUUUGUGCUUGGUGUUCUAUUUUCGUCUGAAAACCCGAAUAGUCUUCAGCUUAUGGUUCCAACUCCCGAGAAGGUUAUCUGCUGGCAAAACGAAAAAUCAACCUUGACUGGAAAUUGCUGGAACCAUGUUUUAGAAAAUGUAGGUCUAAUUUCAUCAAAACCUUCCUACUCUAACACCCUGCUAGCAGUACUAUCUGGAACAUUUUUUGGACACUUUGCAUCCAAAGAGCAUUAUCCGAAUUCUUUGACAAUUGCUAUGCCAACUAGAGUUCAACGGGAAGCUCAUCAAGUCAAUCUCAAAAAUACCUUCGCAACGCCUAUGCAACAGCUCAAAAUCUCACCCCAAAUCGACCUGGAAGACCCCAACCGCCUACAGAACCUACUAAAAAAACUCUCUCAUCUACAACAAACCACAAACCGCCUCCGCUCCUCAUCAGACACCAUGCUAACCCACCAGAUGAUGUCCACCCUGCCCUCAAUCUGCCCGCUGCCAAUCCUACGACUCCUUUCGAACCUGUUCCGCAUCACGGCAUCGGUUUCGAUCAUGCCACCGCUGAAGCAUCGCCUCCGCCUGGGCCCGUACGAACUCAGCGAUGUGUACUUUUGGCCACCGGCCUUCGGAAGCGUGGGAGUUAACCUGACGGCGUUUUCCUACGGUGGACAGUUACGGCUGACGCUGCUAGCGGAUCGUACCCUUUUCCGCACCUGUGGGGAGGGGCAAGCAUUGUUGAAUGAGUUUUUCAGCGAGAUGGAACGAAUGGAGCGAGUGUUGAGUGAAUGUUAA